AUGGAUCCCAGCAGUGACUACCACUUCCUCAGUCAGAUUUUGUGGAGAAGAGUGAAACUCACAUUGAUUUCUGGCAUCUUCGAGGGUGUGCUCCAGCAUGUGGAUCCUAACAAGAUUGUUGUCCUAAAGAAAGUGAAGAAUGUGGAGACUGGCCGGAGUGCUCCAGGAGUGAAGAUGUUUUUUGGGCACGAGAUUUUGAAUGUGGAACUACUGGAUGACAUGGAGCAAGGUGCAGCGGGAGACAAGGCAUCUUCUGUGAGUUUCAGUACUGAAGGAGUCAGGAUGGGUAAAAUGAAAGAUGAGGACCUAAAUGUGUGUGAGCCUGCUCCACCUGCACCCGAGGCCCCGACCACCUCUCUGCUGAAGGACCUCAAGUACAGCCCGUCAGAGGAAGAGGAGGUGAUGUACACAGUCAUCGAUCAGUUCCAGAAGAAGUUUGGUGCUGCAAUGCUCCACAUCAAGAAGCAGAGUGUCCUGAGCGUGGCCGCAGAAGGAGCUAAUGUGUGUCGCCAUGGGAAACUUUGUUGGCUUCAGGUGGCCACACAUAGCCGCGUUUACUUAUUUGACAUUUUCUUUCUGGGAAGUCGUGCUUUCAACAAUGGACUUCAGAUGGUAUUAGAAGACAAGAGAAUUUUAAAGGUUGUCCAUGAUUGUCGCUGGCUUUCUGAUUGCCUUUCUCAUCAGUACGGAGUCAUGCUAAGCAAUGUGUUUGAUACACAGGUAGCAGAUGUCCUUCAAUUUUCCAUGGAAACAGGUGGCUUUCUUCCAAACUGUAUCAGUACUUUGCAGGAGAGUUUAAUUAGACACCUUAAGGUCUCCCAUAAACAUCUCUCCUUUCUAGAAGAGAGACAGAAACUGAUUCGGGAAAAUCCAGAAGUGUGGUUCGCACGACCUCUUCCACCCUCUUUACUGAAAGUUUUGGCCCUGGAAGCAACCUACCUUCUCCCCCUUCGUUUGGUUCUCCUGGAUGAGAUGAUGUCAGACCUAACCACCCUGGUGGAUGGGUACCUGAACACCUAUCGAGAAGGGUCUGCAGACCGUCUUGCAGGCACAGAGCCUACGUGCAUGGAGCUUCCAGAGGAACUCCUUCAACUCAAGGACUUCCAGAAGCAGCGCAGAGAGAGAGCUGCAAAAGAAUACUCAGUAAAUGCACAGGGGCUUCUUGUAAGGAAAGUGCUGCAUCCGAGGAAGUCCAUGCCACAGGCAUCGGGGAAAGAGGAAAAUGUCCAAGGCUUCUUAUUUUGUAAAAGUUCUAGAGUCAAUAAAGCUCCGAGAUUUUUAUCUCAGGAAUUUCAUAAGGAUGUGAAUUUUGUGAAAGAAGAAUCCAAAUCUCCGUGUCUAUGUCCCAUCAAGGAAGGAGAAGCCAGGGAGGAUACCAGCAACAAAUGCAUCAGCCCUGAGUCAAAGGGCUCAGGGGACCGGGGAGUAACUCACCUUGUGACACCCAAGCUUGAGUUUCAGGCAAGAAAUUCCUUGAAAGACGAGAUAGAACAGUUAUUAAUGGUGGAAAAUAAGGAGGCGUUAACGUGCCCAAAACAAGAUGUUUCAGGGUCUCCUCUUCCUCAGGAAGUGAGCAUGCCACAAAGUGACAUCUUUCAUUCUUUCAAAAGAGCUAUGAUUCCCACCCUCCCACCUUGUCCAGCUUUGGAGAAGACAGAUUCAUGGAUAACUCCAUCUCUCAAUCUGCCAUAG